ACAAGUGCACUGAUGCUGUCCAAUACCGUCGCGACGCUGCCUGGAGUCAUGGUUCUCUGGCUGAGCAUUUCCACCGCAGCAAACCAACUUUUAACUUUUAACUGAAGCCGUUCUGAGCCGCAAAUCUGUCUCGUGCCCGGUUAAUUUCGUUCAUGCGCCGUUAAAUUGCCUGAGGGAGUGCUUGAGCUACACAUUUCAUGGAAAGUUUUCCGUCUCGACAGAUCUGUGACUACGGGUUGUUUGUUCGUGUGAAUACACGCUUCAGACGAAAAGAUCGGCUGGCUGUUUGUUCACUAUGUACUUUCGCAUUCACCAUCAGGCUGUUUAACGAUUUCCACUAAAUUAAUAUGCGUAAUUCGUCGGACAUUGGACUGUCGGAGGAGUUAGUCGCGGCUGAGGAGUCGAUCGAAGCCGCACAAGUGUUGUGACACCGGGCCAAGACUCCACUUAAGAAGUAUGAUAAAGGCACCUUCGUCGGACCCACAGGGCUCCUCUCACAACAAUGACCUGCAGAGUUACCCUUUCACAGAUGAGCAGCUGAUGAAUCCAAGUCUGAGGUCUAGUUGUACAGUCCAUAUGCAACCAGUCCUGUCUGAGCCUUGCUUUGAGGAGAACCGGCUUAACGGACUGAAUUCUCAGGCCCAGACUGUUCCCGUGAUUGCCAAUGGCCAAGCCAAGCUGUAUCCCUCCAGGGAUGUGCGUCUGUUUCCCACCCAGACAAAAUGUGAGGACAAUGCCCCGCUCAGAGGACCACCCGUCACACCACAGGCUUGGUCUGGAUUGGCUAGUUUCCGUGUCAUGGGUUCUUUCAAAAAACUGCGGACUUCUGUGCUCCAAGGAAUCCAGAACCGCAGCAAUGCGAUGGCAGCCGGUCAGGAGAGAAAUCUGUCCUCGAUGAUUGAGGAUGGCGGUAGUUUUUUAGUAACCAAACGAGAGGUUGCAACCAAUCAAAUCCAGGAAACUGACAAAGUGUCAAAUGGGACGGCUCGAACCGGAAAGACAUCUUCGGUUUCGGAUGAAGAUGACUGUGAGGAGGAAGUGUGUGGGUUUCAGAGGAAUUCCCAUUUCUCUCAGAGUAUCCGCAAGGCUUAUGGGGCAGGACGGAUCUCAUUGCUUGACAUAGCUAAGACAGAGAGCCCGACUACCAGUGAGCCUGACCCCAGCAGCACUGUGGAGUCCAUCAUACCUUGCAAGAACCUUGAGACUCAUGAAAAUGUCAGUGUUCUCAAAAGACUAAGCAAGAGUGCAGAUAAUCUCCAUGUCUUCAAGGGUCAUUUUAGACGCAAUGUCACCUCAGCUGAGCCACAGAACCCAGAAUGCCCCAGUACUAUAAUUCUUCAGAGGACCACCAGUUCUUCAUCGGUUGACUUGCAGGAACAUGAUUCAGGUAGACGUCAAAGCCCCAUGAGGACACGUGGACAUCUGCAAAAACUUGUCGGUAGUUUAACCGACCUGUCAGUCAAGUGUAAAAACACGCAAGGCCCCGCCCCCAGAAUACCUCUGUUACCUAUCAGUCAGCUACAUGAUGACUACUCCCGCAGAACCCCAUGUGUACCAUUAAGUGGGCGCCAGCGGAGGCCUUCACCCACACCCAGCAAGGCCCAGCAGGCCAACACUCACCAACACAUCCCAAAUUUACACCCGGCGCCCUCCUGUCCCGCUGUCUUUAGUUCCAUUCUAAAUGACUCUUUGGAGCCUCCUAGCAAAACAACAGCCCUAAUAAGUGACUAUGUUCAGGUGGCUGUGUCCUCGACAGAUUUGUGUUUAGAUGCCCCAGUCUCUCCACUGGAAAAAUACUGUGAACCUAUGGAGUGCCAUCAAAAUGGAAUAAAUAACCACUACUUUCAAAUACCCAAGCAGUGCUCAAGCCCCAGUCAAAAGCAGACAGUCAAUGGCAGUAACGUUAACUUGGAGUGUCUAUGGACUGAAGAGAGAGAGACUGAUGAUCUUGAGGCUUCAUCAGAUAUCACAAAAGCGUUUCUCAAAAGUGAUGAGAUCUCAACCGCUGCUGCUUCACCUAUCGCAAACACCUGUUCCUCAGAAUCCCCCCUGGUAACUCCAACAACACCAAUCUCUCCACCCUUUGCCAGUGACUCUCCCGCUUCUGUAGUGGCCAGGAAAAGGGCAGGUCGCUCCAGACCCCGGCCAGUGUCUGACUAUGGCCAGCUGGCCAGCUCAAAGUACUGCAUCCCAGAGGAGGACAGGGAGUCUGAGACUAUGGACUACACUUCCCAGAAGGACUACAAUACCAAUGGCAGCUACACAGAGAGUAACAGACCUGAGAAUGGUCAUGUGUGCACUCAAACAGAGAGCAGAAAGAGACGUCCCAUCUCUGUUAUUGGAGGAGUGGAUCUGUUUUCAUCCCCAACUGCUGAGCAGAAGGACGACACUGAAAGCUUGCCUUCUCCGGUAUCUCGUCCUCCAGUUCCCUCUCACAGAGUGCCUCCAUACCGGGCCGUGUCUGCCCGCCUGAGACCCUGCGUCUUCUCCCAAAGCACACCUAUCGGUCUGGAUAGGAUGGGGCGGCGCAAAGGGCGCAGAGUGCUCAGCGAUGGGAGCUCUGAUCCAAUGCUCGAUGACAGUGUGAGUGAGGAGGACGGCAGCUUUGAAGAACUGACUGAAGGAACACCAUAUCUCCAACCGGAAGUCGACCUUUUCACUCUCAAUCAGUACAUACAGUCGGGUCAUGCCGUGUAUGCAGAGGCUCUGUGGGACCAUGUCACAAUGGAAGAGCAGGAGCUGGCCUUCAAAGCCGGGGAUGUGAUCCGGGUUCUGGAUGUUCAGGAGCAGGACUGGUGGUGGGGGGCGGUGGGCGACCGUGAGGCCUGGUUUCCCUCCAGCUUUGUGCGAGUUCGGGUGAAUCAGGAGGAUUCCAGCAGUGAUGGUGUGGAAAUCGCACCGGAUGCAGAGGAAUCCGUCCCAUCAGAUGCACAUAAACAAAACUCGCAGCACAGACAGCAGAUGAGAGCCAAUGUGGUCAAAGAGAUCAUGGACACAGAGCGCGUUUACAUCAAACAUCUCAAAGAUAUCUGUGAGGGAUAUAUCCGUCAGUGUAGAAAGCACCCUGGCAUGUUUACUGAUGCACAGCUAAAAACAAUCUUCAGCAACAUUGAGGACAUCUAUAGGUUCCAGAGAACGUUUCUCAAGGACCUAGAAAAGAAAUACAACACUGAAAACCCUCAUCUCAGUGAGAUUGGCUCCUGCUUCCUUCAACAGGAGGACGGUUUCUCCAUAUAUUCAGAAUACUGUAACACACAUCCGGUGGCAUGCACUGAAUUGCAGCGAUUGAUGAAACAAAGCAGAUAUAAACACUUCUUCGAAGCCUGUCGUCUCUUACAGCAGAUGAUCGAUAUCUCCAUUGCUGGCUUCCUACUCACACCUGUACAGAAGAUUUGUAAAUACCCUCUUCAGCUGGGAGAGCUUUUGAAAUACACACCCAAAGACCACAGUGACUACGCAGGGGUGUGUGCUGCACAUAAAGCAAUGAAGAAUGUGGCAAGUCUGAUAAAUGAAAGGAAAAGACGACUUGAGAGCAUCGACACCAUUGCUCACUGGCAGGUGGCCAUCCUGCACUGGGCGGGUGAAGAUGUGUUAACGCGAAGCUCCGAGCUCAUCCACUCCGGCGAGUUAACGCGGAUAGUGCGGCCCGGUAAGACGCAGCAACGCAGCUACUUCCUGUUUGACCACCAGCUGGUGUUCUGUAAGAAAGACGUCCUGCGGCGAGACCUGCUACACUACCGUGGCCGUAUGGACACUGACCUACUCGAGCCAAUCGACCUGCCUGAUGGACGGCACGCUGAGCUGGGCCUCCUGAAGAACGCGUUUCUCCUACGGCAUGCAGAGAACCUGAAUGUGCUGUGUGUGCUGUGCUGCAAAAAGAGCCAGGACAAGCAGCGAUGGCUGCAAGCGUUUGCUCGAGAGCGCAGACGAGUACAGGAAGACCAAGAGAUGGGGAUAGAGAUUACUGAGGCCCAAAGGAAGCAAGCCGUUCACAAUGCCAGGAAAUCUAAACAAGGAAAAAUUAAAAAAAUGAAUUAUUCUGAUCAUCCUGUGCCUCCUCACCAUCAGCCGCUACAUCCUCUCCAUCAGCGACAUGUGACAGUGCCAACCAGCAUCCCCCAGCAGCAGGUCUUCUCUUUAGCAGAGCCAAAGAAGAAGCCAUCUCACCUGUUGUACUCGCUUGCACGCAGUGCCCUCUUCAGGAAAUGACAAAAAGAGACACUUCAGACACAUUUAGUGUUUACAUUGCGCUGAUGAGAUCCAUAAAUAAUGAAAUAUUACUGGACUACACAUCUGUUAUGUCAUACUCGAAUGCAUACACAUUAAUGUGUAUAUUUAUAUACAUAUAAGUAUGUGUGUACAAAUGACAUAUGUGCCUCAGUAUAAAGGCUCAUUAUUGAGCCUUAAGUCAGUGUGCUAGUGUGGAAAGUGUUAGUUAUUUUAUAGUCAUGUCAUUUUACUGAUAUGGUCAAAAAGCUGCUUCCCAUUGGGUUUCCAUCCGUCACCUUACCUAAAUGUGUGUCUUUUAUGACAAAGACUUGUGUUCUGCUUUUUAACUAAAUGUCUAUAUAAUUUUAUUGCUUUACCUGAGGCUGGAGCCUUGUAAAAUAUAAAGACAGCACACACUAACAUUUAUGAAUCUGUAAAUAAACUUGAACCAAAUUGCAGUGUUUUUUUUUUUAAAUUUCAGUUGUCUCUGUGGUAUAAAGAGGCUGAAUGCAUCUAUAGGAUAAGUGAACACAAGACUCACUGUUUGCACACCUGCCUGGAUACUGUUACACUGUUAGGUGGAAACGAAGCGCCUCGUGUCUUUGCCUUCAUUACGCUGUUCGCGUUCACGUCGAGAGUGCAGAAAGGUAUUUUGGGGGAAACAGUUUUAACAAUGCCGGAUUGGAUCCGAGCAUUUGAGAUUACCGGUCCAAAUGAUUGACUGUAUGCCAUGGAGACAGCGCGAGAAGAAGGCGGGCAGGGGAGCGAG